AACAAUGGAAAAGCUCAAUGUAUUCUCGUGCUCCCUUGUGUUGUUGUUCUUCACAAGCUUUUGUCAGGGAGCAAAACAAGGGAGUUGGUGUGUAGCGAAUUGGUUUGUAGAAGAUGAGCAAUUAUGGGCCUAUCUGGUUAAAAAAUGUAAACACAAGCAGGUUUGUAAAGGCAAUCAACCUGGAAUGCCUUGCUAUGACCCUAAUACAAAUCAUAGUCAUGCUUCCUGUAUUCUUAACAAUCAGUAUAAGAAAAAGAGAAAUAGGGAACCAUGUCCGGAGGAUAUUGGCAUGAUAGUACACAUGAAUCCCUCUUAUGGAGAUUGCUUCUACAGAUAAAAUUUCUCAACAAGAGAGUUCCUUCAAUUAGAGAAAGCAAAGUGCUUUAAUUUGUAUUAAUUAAGAUAAUCACAAUUAUGAAGCACCGUUGAAUUAAAAAAAAAUUGCCUGUUAGAUCGUCUAUUAAUCAUUUUAGCAAAUGCGCAGUAGAUGAUCCUUUCUUUAAGCUUUUUUAUGAAAUAUAUGUGAGAUAUUAUAACAGCC